GAACCAGUUACCACAACUGUGCCUCCUCCUCCUCCAACAGUUCCACCAACUGACUCUAAUGACACCAGAUACGAAGUUACAGCUAAUUACCACAUCCCCAAUCUUAAAGAAAACGGUACAAAUGCGGUGCCACAAAAAGUUCCACUGUUAUCUCACGGGCCUCUUGGGUUCGGAUACAGUGUCAAAAUGGAAGAAUCGUGUUUGAAGUUUGAAAACUUUGAGCACGAAGGAGACGAGGACUGCUGGAAAAACCCCUCUAAUUGUAACAAAGGUGUAUCUCUUUCUAUCUGGGAACGAAUCAGUUUUCAGCGGAAUGAUUCCACAAGACGAUAUAUUCUCAGCACUGGUGGAAAAAAUGAGGGAAUUCCAGGUAUAUCUUUAUACUAUGAAGGGAUUACUUUACAUGCUCUGGUUUCAACUGGUGAAGAGAAAUGGUACACUUAUGCUACAGGUCAUCUGCGGAACGAUACAUGGAACAACAUUGGCAUCCGUUGGAGUCCGCAAUCGGGUCUUCAUGUAUAUGUAGAUGCUAUUCAUAAAGCCUAUGUAGUAUAUCCAGAAAAGACGUCUGGCAGUGUAAGUUCUUUUACAAAAACUCAGCUCACAAUAGGUUGCAGCAGACAAGAAGAAGCUGUGUAUGUUGAUUAUGCUACUGGUGAACUUGAUGAGUUUGCAGCUUGGAUGUGGAAGUUAGAAACAAAUGAAAUUGCCUACUUUUUAGGAGGAUUUA